AUGCCGUUACCCAUGGUACUUCGUAAUUGUAACACAUUGCAAAAGCCUAAGGUUUUUUUUCACCAGAUACCACACACGUUCAAAUUUGCCAGUAUGCAACCGACUAAGCAAUCAGGCAAAGUCGAUGCUCUGAACUUGAAUGGUAGCGAACCAGGCAUGAUAGAAAGCAUAGCGCGCAGAGAAGUACCGCAGGCCUCGAUCCACGCUAAUCGUCGCUUUCGUUUCAAGUCUUUCUUUCCAGUCGCUGUCUCUACAAUUGGGCUUGUAGUUCUAUUGGGAUCAAUGAAAAACACGAGAACACUUAGUGAGGUGCUAUUGGCAAAUCGAGAUAUUGACAAGACCAUUGCCAAAUCUUACACCGAAAACGAUGUUAUAUAUUCGGUCGAGCAAGGUUCCAUUGAAAACAAUCUCACACAAACUGGCGCUCUUUUCACACCAAAUGGCCGCAGGAAGGAAAGAACGAGAAGCGGGCCAAACAACAAGCCUCCUCAAAAGUACCGCCGUGAUCGACAAGGGCAACGAAUGAAAAUAUCCGGCCCCGUCCUAAUUAUGAGCUUGCCUAAAUCGGGCACCACGUCACUACAAAAGUACUUUCAAUGCGGACUAGCCACGCGUGGAGCGUCCGCUCAUUACUGGUCCUAUGAUUUUCAAGACCAGAUUGGAAAGUGCAUGGAAUCCAAUCUGAAAGAAAAUAUUCCUGUGUUGACUGGUUGCGGUAUCAAAAACGCCACGACAGCAUUCUCCGAUUUUGGACUUGUCCGGCAGAAGAACGAAGGACAAGGAUGUUUUUAUCCCGGCUUUAGCGACGAGUUUUGGAACAACCUUGCGGCAUAUUAUCCGAACGCCACAAUUGUGCUAGGUACCCGUGGAGCGGAGAGUUGGCACAAAUCUGCUGAGAAGUGGGCAAGUGGGUCUCUCAUUUAUCGAUGGAGGAGGCAUUGCGACAAUUUUCCCGGGAUGAAUGGGACUGCGGCUGACUUUGCAGCUUUCUAUCGCAGAUACUCCGACAUGGUUAAGACGAGAGCUGCGAAACACAAUCUUCGAUACGUUCAUGUCGCCCUGGAAGAUCCGGAAACUCCUCUGCGAUUGCAUGGGCAAAUUGGUUUCCGAGUAGACUGUUUCAAGGUUUGUAGACCCAAGACCGGUUGUACUGGCUUCAAUCCGUUAGAGCACUAA